CACCGCCACCAAACAGAACCAACCAAUCCCAUUCUAUUUUGUAAAAUGCAAAAAUAAGAAGAAAAGAUAUUUAUAGAGAAAAUGAAGGAAGGAGACACAGUUAUACUGUCAAUUGGGACACGCUAAUACCACUCACUCCAUUCUGAUUCCUCCAUAUCAAAGUAAACUGCUGUAACAAACACACUCACUUGCAUUCUCCCUCUAUACGAAAUAGCCACGUCAUUUCCCCGCUUUAUCCAACCACCGUGACUCACCUCUCUCCCUAUCUUUCCUCGCAUCUUCUCCUCUUUCACCUUCCAAUUCCAAACACCACCUCUCCUUCUUAUUCUUCUUCUUCUUCUUCUUCUUCUUCAAACUUGUGGUUUCUACUGUUCUAGAAUGCCGGCGUGGUGGAGUAGAAAAUCCUGCAAGAACAAACAGCAGAAUCAGGGUGAGGUUGAAGAUGAGGAAGAGACACGUGGCAGGCAGAAAUUCAAUCUGAUAGGAUCGCCGAUUAGCAUUAUCAGCAGCAGGAAGAAAGGCAAGGACAAGAACAAGAACAACAAGAGCUUCGAUGAGCUUAUCGCCUCUCGCAACUCACCGAGGACAAGCAAGGAAUUCGCCAGCGUCGACGGUAACGACAAUAACAGAGACCGAGACAGAGGGCUUCCGUUGCCUCGCCCUACGGUUUCGGCCAAUCACAGCUUCAACAACGAUCAGGGCCUCGUCUUCGGAUCUACUUCGCUAUCUGGUUCCAGCGUCAGCUCCUCAACCUCUAACGAUGACCACCCUAUAUCUCCUCAAUUCAUUAACAACAGAGGACAAGGUGACAUCAAAUUCCAUGUGAGGCCAAAGAGUCCAGGUGCUGGGUCAAGGGGGCCGACAAGCCCUACAUCGCCACUUCAUCAGAGGAUUUUGAGUCUCGACUCUCCUACAGGCAAGCAAGAGGAUGGAAAAAGUGAAUGUCACCCGUUGCCUCUUCCCCCCGGCUCUCCUACUAGUCCUUCCACCCUUUCCACCCCACGGGCAAAUGGAUCCUUAGAAAACAACGCCAGUAAUCUGUCGAAGUGGAAGAAAGGAAAGCUUCUAGGAAGGGGAACUUUUGGGCAUGUUUAUCUUGGAUUUAAUAGUGAGAGUGGACAAAUGUGUGCAAUAAAGGAAGUCAGGGUUGUCUCUGAUGAUCCAACAUCAAAAGAGUGCCUCAGACAACUUAAUCAGGAGAUAAACUUGCUUAAUCAGCUUUCACAUCCAAACAUUGUUCAAUAUUAUGGGAGUGAACUGGGUGAAGAAACACUUUCAGUUUAUUUGGAAUAUGUUUCUGGUGGUUCUAUCCAUAAAUUGCUACAGGAAUAUGGUUCAUUUAAGGAGCCUGUCAUUCAAAAUUAUACCAGGCAGAUUGUAUCUGGGCUUGCUUAUUUGCAUGCAAGAAAUACAGUACACAGAGAUAUCAAAGGAGCUAACAUACUUGUUGAUCCUAAUGGUGAAAUCAAGCUGGCAGACUUUGGAAUGGCUAAACUAAUAAAUUCUGCUGCCUCAGUACUUUCAUUCAAAGGAAGUCCAUACUGGAUGGCACCUGAGGUUGUAAUGAAUACCAAUGGCUAUGGUCUUCCAGUUGAUAUAUGGAGCUUGGGAUGCACAAUUCUUGAAAUGGCAACAUCGAAGCCUCCAUGGAAUCAAUAUGAAGGGGUAGCUGCCAUAUUUAAAAUUGGGAACAGCAAAGAUAUGCCUGAAAUCCCUGAACAUCUUUCAGAUGAUGCCAAAAGCUUCAUUAAGCUAUGUUUAAAUAGGGACCCGUUAGCACGCCCAACAGCUCAAAUGCUACUAGACCAUCCCUUCAUUCGUGACCAAUCAGCAACAAAAGCUGUAAAUGUUAGCAUAACCAGAGAUGCUUUCCCCCGCAUGUUAGAUGGAAGCCGGACUCCGCCACCUGUUUUGGAGCAUCAAUCCAAUAGAACAAGUAUAACGUCACUUGAUGGAGAUCAUGCAACAAAGACAGCUCGAGCAGCUUCUCACGCAUUAAGGAGCCCAAGGUAAAAAAAUCCCACCUGUUAAUUUCAAUUAAGGCAUGAACU